GUGCGCAGCGGGUUGGCCUGCAAAGCGCUAGGGUCCCGCGGCCUUGGGCCCACAUACCCGCACACUCCCAGCUCGGUGCCUACAGCCUGUAGAGGUCGGUUCGGCCUGUGUGCACGGGUCGGGGUUGGCCCACGCUCUCCAGCAGCGCGGCCCCCGGCAGCCUGGCCACAGGCCGGGUCCCCACCGCCGAGGGGGAUGGGGAGGGAGGAGAGACGAGGAGUUGGAGACAGACACAGCCUCCUCCAGCACAGUCAAGGCAGGAGACAGACGGCGGUGGCAGCAGCAGCAGCAGCAGCAGCAGCAGCAGCAGCAGCAGCGGCGGCGGCGGCGGCGGCGGCGGGGGGCGGAAGACCCCCCCCCUCUGGCAACUGGAGGCUGGUCAGAUCCCUCUGCAGCUGUAGCACUGUCUCUCUUCUACCCUCUGCCGGGCUGGGCCCUGCGCGACAGAGAGCAGUUCAAGCUCUACAUUUGUAACAUCAAACUGCUGUCUCUUAUAAGACCAUUUCAAGAACUGACAUCAGUUUUCAUAUAGCUUAAAGCAAAGGAAGAGGUAAAGCGCAGAGAGCAGCAGAUCAGACCACAUGAAGCUCCACUGGAGCACCUGAGAGCUGUGAAGGAUGGUGGCUGUCGAGCUGCUGAGGAGGCCCUUGCUCUAAGGUGGGAAAGCAGGUCUUAGCAGCACAGAUCCCAUCACUCCCUGCUCAUCAUGGACUCUACCCUCUGGCUGGAUGGCUGAUGUGACUGUGUGCCCUAAUUGUGCAUGCUGCUGGACUGGGUGCCAUCCCAGGUACCACCUGCUCUGUGGGAGCAGGGCAGGUGGGCAUCAGAUGCUACCAAAAGCCGGACGGGACAAAGCAAUGGACUCCGACAAGCUAAGAUGGAAGUGACCUGAGGCUUCACCCAGGCAGUUUCCUCUUGACAGGACAGCUUGAGUCAGAGCACAGGUUUGUCUGGGGAGCAGUAUGCAGGAAGCUGGUUUUCAGGCCACAAAUGCUUUCACAGAGUGCAAAUUCACCUGCACCAGUGGUAAAUGCUUGUAUCUUGGUUCACUGGUCUGUAACCAACAGAACGACUGUGGGGACAACAGUGAUGAAGAAAACUGUCUCCUGGUGACUGAACAUCCACCUCCAGGCAUCUUCAACUCGGAGCUGGAAUUCGCCCAGAUCAUCAUCAUCAUUGUGGCGGUUACAGUGAUGGUCGUGGUCAUUGUCUGCCUGCUGAAUCACUACAAAGUGUCCACACGAUCUUUCAUCAACCGCCCGAGUCAAAGCAGGAGGCAAGAGAACAGGGUGCAGCAGGAAGGGUGCUUGUGGCCUUCAGACAGCUCCGGUCCUCAGCCAGGUGCCUCAGAGAUCAUGUAUCCACCUCGGUCUAGAGACAGGUUUGCUGCCCCAUCCUUUAUCCAGAGGGACCGGUUCAGCCGCUUUCAGCCCACCUACCCCUAUGUGCAACAUGAGAUUGACCUCCCCCCCACCAUCUCCCUGUCUGAUGGGGAGGAGCCACCUCCUUACCAGGGGCCCUGUACCCUGCAGCUCAGGGAUCCUGAACAGCAGAUGGAACUCAACCGAGAAUCUGUGAGGGCCCCACCCAACCGGACCAUAUUUGACAGUGAUUUGAUAGACAUUUCUGUGUAUAAUGUGGGCCCGUGCCCACCCAGCAGCAAUUCAGGCAUUACUGCCAGCACCUGCAGCAGUAAUGGGAGGAUGGAAGGGCCACCUCCAACGUACAGCGAGGUGAUGGGCCACUACCCAGGAGCCUCUUUCUUCCAUCACCAGCACGGCAACAUGCAAAGAGGGAGCAGACUGCCAUUUCAACAGGACAGCUCUGGGAGCACAAUGGUGCCCAUCCAGGGCAAAGAUGGGAAGCCUGGGAAUCUUGUCUGACCCCCCAAUAUUCACUUGAAUUGAGAAGAAACCGAGGAGGGAGGAGGGCUGCACAGCUCCUCUGCUCCUGGGCACAGUGCUGUCGAGUUUUACGUGCUACAACUAAGGAAAACCAAAUGUGCAAAUGUGGUCUUUGUUUCUGAUUCCUUCCAGGGAAACUGCAUGCAAACUAGACUGAAAUAAUACAAACUUCCAUCCAGUCUGACCAUAAACAGUGUUUA